AGUCUGCAGCUUCCGGUGUAUACAAUAGUGUCCGUCUGUCUGUCCACAGUCUUAAAUCACAGGCUGUGGAGGAUUAUCCGUCACAGGCAUCCAUAGCGGUCGUACACGGCGGGGGGUGGCUGCCAGAUUUUGUUUUUGGAGAACUUCAUGAAGUGGAGGAAAGUAGAGAAGAUCAUAAAGAAGAUAUAGAGCAUCCAUGAUGUUGAAGCCUUCUUAAGAAUCCCAAGACCGCUUUCUUUGCAUCUCCUAUGUUUAGCCUAAUGGCGAAUUGCUGUAGGAAUUGGUUUAAACGAUGGCGUCAGCCAGUCAGAAAAGUGACUCUGGUUAUGGUGGGUUUGGAUAAUGCUGGCAAGACUGCUACUGUGAAAGGCAUCCAAGGAGAAUCUCCACAAGAUGUGGCCCCGACUGUCGGGUUCUCCAAAGCAGACAUUCGACAGGGGAGAUUUGACAUCACAAUGUUUGAUCUCGGAGGUGGCAAGCAAAUCCGUGGCAUUUGGAAGAACUAUUACGCUGAGUCCUAUGGAGUGGUGUUUGUUAUUGACUCCAGUGACGUCGACCGGAUGGAAGAAACAAAGGAGACGGUGGCCGAGGUUCUGAGGCACCCAAGGAUAGCAGGAAAGCCAGUAUUAGUCUUGGCAAAUAAACAGGAUCGGGAGGGCGCAAUGGCAGAGGCUGAUGUCAUAGAGUUUCUUUCACUGGAGAAGUUGGUGAAUGACAACAAGUGCUUAUGUCAGAUCGAGCCAUGUUCAGCAGUUCUAGGCUAUGGGAAAAAAAUUGACUCCCAUAUAAGAAAAGGUCUGAACUGGUUGCUAGAAGUCAUAGCAAAAGAUUUCGACGCACUUCAUGAACGUGUUCAGAAGGAUACUGCAGAACAGAGAGCCCAGGAGGAACAAGAUAAGCAGAAAAUAGCAGAGCGGGUCAAGAGGCUACGCGAGGAACGAGAAGAAAGGGAACGGGAGGAAGCCGAGCGAGAGGGGAGACAACUGGUGGAUGAAGACGCCUCUGUUCCUGUGGUCAAUCCAUUCCAGCCUAUAUCCGCCGUCAUCGUCGAGAACGAAGAAAAAAUAAGGAAGGAAAAGGAAAAAAAGCGUCAAAAAAUGAACGGAGUAGACAUUGCUUUGGAGCCUAAGGCAGAUGAAGAGAUGGAUUCUGGAAGUGAAGGGAGUGAGAGUGGCCAGGCCUCUCAGGAUGGACAUUUAUUAGACUCCUACAAAGAUGCUUUAGCCCAGAAGCUGGAGCAGGACGAUGCAAGUGGAGAUCCUUCUGAGCGCAGGGAAUCGGCUCAAAGCAAAAAGAAGACUAAAAAGCUAAAAAUGAAAAGAAAUAAAAUAGAGCCUUUAAGUGCAGAGGAGUCUGAUUUAAAGAGCCCAGCUACGCCGCCACCUCAGUUACCCGUUGGCUGGGGAACCCCAAAAAUUGCUAGACUUCCAAAACUUGAGCCUCUUGGAGAAACACAUCAUAAUGAUUUUUAUGGAAAGCCACUCCCGCCAUUGACAAUGCGGCAGAGACCCAACAGUGACACACAUGAUGUCAUCUCUUGAGGCGCACAACAGGGGAUGGUCAUUUUUUGCUUGUCCUUACGCUGGGGACCAUUCUAUGACAUCAGUAUUUUAUACUUGCAGAACUAAAAGGCAAAUACUGAUGGAUUGGAGUCUCGUCCGGCAGAACGUUGGCUCAUUCUGGAUUAUUGGAGUGGCCAUGGUGGAUCUCCAGUAAAGAAGAUGGUAAAAUGGCACUGCUGAUAGAACAUCGCGGGACACUUUCUGCAUCGUCUACCGGAACAUCAUAACUUUUUUGAUCCAGUAUUAAAGUUUUUUAUUUUUGUUUUUUUAUUCCUUUCUCCCACAUAAUUAAUAUUGGAAAUUUUUAGAGUUUUUAUUUUUUUCUUCAGUUUAAUUCUGAGAAGCACAAGUAUUUUAUUAUUGGUUAAAGGGGUUGUCCCACAAUGUACAUUUAUCUAUGUGGUCCUGCAGUGAGCAGAAAUGAUGGGGCUCAACCCCUGUACAUUGUGGGACAACCCCUUUUAAAGGGGGUCUGUCAUCACAUCUGUCGCACUGAGACGUGCACUUGACAGUUGAACAUCAUGGUCUUGGUCCCAUCUUCCUAGGUGUCUGCAUUCUUGAGAAAAAGGAGCAAUGAGGGCCAGGCAGUGAAGACAUACUCAUGCCUGGUCCUGAAUUCUUACAGGAGCUCGUUCAGCGCAUGCGCUGUAAAGGCAUGUCUCCAUACCUGUACAACGCAUGCGCUGAAUGAGCUCUUGUGAGACUUGAAGGCCAGGAGUGUGUACGUCUUCACUGCCUGACCCUGUCAGUCAGUGGGUGGGGGGGUGGCAUGAAGGACAGUGAGCGUACCCUUAAGGGCUCAUACACAGAAACGUAUUUUCUUUCUGUGUCCGUUCUGGUGUUUUUGCAGAUCGCUUGUGGAACCAUUCAUUUCAAUGGGUCCACAAAAAAAAA